CGGAGGAAUUACCGCCACUGAUGUCAUCCAUGAUGUGACGUGCAUUAUGGUGGUUGGCCAGAGUGUGGAUGGGAUCUGAAUCAGAAUUAUAUAUUCAUACUUGAGGAAUCUGAUGAGCUUCAAAGCUCUUUUCCCAGAUGUCCAGUCGUCACAAAUGUCCAGUAGUGAAACAGCCAGUCUGGUUAAUUGCUGUUGUGAUUUCUGCUGGGAAUGAUGAGAGUUGAGGGCAUCCACUACCUUACCUAUCCCCCACCCCCAUCAUUCCAAUUCUGAUUAGCUCCACCAGUUUUAAAGCUUUUAAAGCUAAGCUUUAAAACUGGUGGAGGUCAGUCGGCACAACAACAAGAAGAAGCAAAACAUUCGUGAACAUCUAGUCGGCUUCAAAAGACAACAAAAUACGCCGGCCAAUGCAGUUAUUAGGCGUCGCAGCACGUGCAAUGGUUAAAUAAAAAAAGGCAUUCGGAGGCCACACAACCAACCACGCUCGCACAUGCGGUCUUCAAUUGUCCACCCGCCGCUUAAGCGGCGCUCGUGUGUGUGUUUAUCUUUUUUUUAUCAAGUCGAGCCUCUAGCAAACACUCGAGGACGACGUUGUGUGCUUCAGCGACGAGAACUGGAAAUGUUCGUCGAUGUUUUAAUUCGCCUUCACUUGCAACUGGUGGACGUGCGUGGCACGUAUGCAGCCUUCAGCUCGAGCCAGCUCCACACAAGGCGGCAUGGACAGGACGCCAGCGGUGAAUGGACGCCAGGUUACGUGACGUCGUCGUUUUGUCACAACAAUGAGGCUCAAAGAUAACACCGCGCAGCCCGUUGCACGAGUCCAGAAAAGGGGGGACAAUGGCCCUCGCUUCUGCCCCACAUGACUCGCAGCUUUACGGUUUGUUGUUGGAUACUGGAGUCCAUGGAAACAUGUCUAUGUCAUAAAGACUCAGGGGCAGGUCAGCACAACAACAACCCAACAAACAAAAAAGGCAGGCAUGUGGCCCUGCCUGUGGCUUUGGUUUUACAGACGCUAUGGGAAUAAUUUGAACUGCUUUAAAAUAUAUAUAUAAAAAUUGCAGACCAUUUAGACGCUUUAGGUGCAACGGUUAAACGUUAAUAAUGGGAGUGUCGUUUCCGGACACGCCACAUUACUACACCUGGGCUGAGUUAAGGAUCCUUGCAACAGCAUUGGGAUACCCAAGGAAUACAAUUGUAAACUGCUUGCACAGCAUUGGCUACAGCAGCGAACUGGGCCUGAGCUCAAAGGACCUGUUGAAGCACAUCGAGUUGGGCCAGCUAUACGAACCCCUUCACUUCACGUACAACCUGAAGACCGGCUACCACAACGCGGCCGUCAUUAGGAAAUGCAUCGAGCUGCUGGAUGCCAGAGUACUGAGCUUUCCCGAAAUACGGAGCGUUGCUCUGGCUUUCACGGCGUACGACCACUUGGACCAGAAAGGGAUUGAGGUGGAGGAGCGAACCCUAAUACGGGCACUCAAGAUGUGCGGACGGAUCACAGCCCCGCGGCGGUUAAUGCAGUACAUCCACAGCAAGCAAAGCGAAGGAUACGUGGAGCCCGGCAGAAUCCAGAUCUGCGUGGCUUUGGACACCAUUCACCUGCACGAGACGAGGGUCGGAACCACGGAAAAAAGCUUCAGAGGAAUUUACGAGCUGGACGACAUGAAGGCCCUGCUGCUGACCCUCGACGCCAAGCGACUGGAGCACAUGAACAAGCUGUACCGGCAGGAGCAGCGAGCCCAGCGCGAGCAGCGCGGUGGGAGCGCCGCUGUCAAGGCCUUCGGCGGGGCAGACGAGACAUGGAAGCAGCAGAUGGAAGCUGAGAAAUUACAUCACCAGAUGCUGAAGCAACAACUGCAACUCUCUGCUAUUCAGCUGCGCGGGGCGCGCACGCGCGACUCGCUCCGGACGUCGAGGCCCACGACCGCUCCGAUGUUCCCGAGCCGCCCGACGAGCCACAGGAGUUUGCGAGCGUCCUCCCAGGCAGCCCGCCGGACGUCCCCUCGCAGCGCCGCCGUUCACGCGACGCCCGCCCAGGAGACGCCCGCGACACCCUCCGCCGACGCCCCCGCCGGCACCACCGCUCUGGUCUCCCGGCAGAUGACGCCAGCAACAGAAAAAAUGCAUUUAAAAUUUGCAGAUGCUGUUAAAGAUCACGUGACUUCGACGAAUGAACCUGCGAUAUCUGGCACUCGUAACCAGCCAGAGAAAGACAGAUGGGCACAGAAGAAGACGCUGGGCCAUCGAUUUCCAGGAUACAGGGACCAUUCUGCCCCAAGGCCUCUCACAGCCCCGGCGGUGACUCGCAGGGUCCGAAGCGUCAGCACCGGGCAUCGCACCACAGAUGCCUGGGAGCGGCUGAUGUCAAGCGGUAAAUAGGUCGUCAUCUGUAAGAGGUUUUUUGGGGUUAGAUUGCAUACAUAUAAAUGUGUCGUUAAGCCCGUUACCACCCGACGCAGCCAAUUCAGUAAGGUUUGUCAC